UACUGUUUAUGUCUGCAAAUUCGCGAGUGGCGGACGUUGCAGACAGUUGAUCAUUGAUUCAAUUCGGCUGGGUGUUCGCGGUGAUCGUCUUUCAGUGGGUGUGUUAGUGAUGGUAACCGUAUCGUGCAAGCGUUUUGUUCUGUGAAAGUAGCAUCUAGUUUGGCAAUGGACGUUACGCUGUUAUUUAAAGCUUGUGUGAAGACUUUGAGGACUCGAAACAAAGCUCUCGGAGUGGUUCACGAUGGAGAUCGAAACGCCAUACUGAAGCCGAGGCAGCCUCGGUCCGAUUUUCACUACCGGGUUAGAGAAAUCAAUUCCAACAUCUCUAAGAUGAAGAACUUUCUGAGGGAGCACAGAAAUGACUACAUAAAUGCCACUCAUCUGAUGUACGACACGUCUCGAAUGACUGAGAACGAGCGGGACAGGAUCGACAAGGAGGCCCAGCAGUUCGUCUUCCAGUGUCGAGAGCUCCUGAAGAACCUGCGGAAGGAAGUUAGGAAUCAGUCACUGACAGCGCAACAGCUGGACCAUCACGAGGGUGUCCUCUUCCUGCUGGAAGGUCAUCUAAACAGUGCAUGCAAUCUGUACACGGAGCAGAAGGCAAUCCGGGUGAAAAAGGCGUACGACCGGCAAAAACUGUCUCGCCUGGAGCCGGAGAGGAAGAAGGCGGCAGUGCACGAUGCGGAGGGAGGUGGGGAGGAGGUUCCCUGGAGUCAGGCGGAGAACCCGCCCACAGCGGCACCUUACGGCGAGCUGCCCGACCUGUUCUCCUUCGACGGCUGGGAUGAGAACAUGGUCAUCUCGUACGAGGAAUUCCAGAUGUUUGAACAAGAGAACAAGAAGCUGUACGAAGAACUGAAUGCUCUCUCGGAUGAAGUCAGGAAUAUUGAGGGGAGAGUGAUCGAGAUUUCCCAGCUUCAGAAGGUGUUCACUGAAAAAGUGCUGGAGCAAGAUGAAGAGAUGGAGAGAAUUGCACAUACGCUCGGAGGUGCAACUGAAAACGUCAAGGAUGGCAACGAGGAGUUGCGACAGGCCAUGAAGAACAAUGCUGGCUUCCGGAUUUAUCUUCUGUUCUUCCUCUUGGUGUUAUCAUUUUCGUUGCUCUUCUUGGACUGGUAUAACCCAUAGGCCUUGCUUUUCUUAUAUCUUUGCACAUAAAAAAAAAAAAGAAAAAAAAAGCUCACCUAACAUUAAAAAAAAAACGAAUUUCAAAAACAAAGUUUUUUGUUGAAGUGAAUUUAUUGCUUGUGGGUGCUACGAUGUCAGUGUUGCAGCAUUUUUUGUGAAUCGUGGCUGUCAGCCGCAUUGGGUUGCUUUCGUCCUGAUAGCCAGUGGUGCACACUGCAAUAAUAUGUCUCUAUUUUGAAGGAAUUGCGAUGUGCCUUACAGGGUCUCAAACUGAGAAUAAUAAUAGUUUGGUUACGGUUGGGGCUAUCGGUAUUUUUAUGAAAUAGGUUUCAUUUCAGUUUUUGCAGUUUUGGAUUUAUAUUGUAGUUAGCGGUUACAAGCGUAACGUUGCUGGGUACCAAAAAGGACGCUACUCUAAAUUUAAACUAUGUUACCUCACAAAAAUUUGUUUUUUUGAGUCUUUCGUAAAAUACCGUGGAAGCGCCCACUUCAUUCAAGCACCAACCAUUAACAUUUCCCGAACUUGGAAAUUCUGCAAAUUAUAGGACUUUUCUGUGUACUCUCGUCCCC